AUGACUUCGCUGGAGGAUAUCAUGGAGCGAUUUUGGAAGAGUGAAGAGUUGACAACCACGGACAACUACUCAGUGGAAGAACGGCGCUGUGAAUCCCUGUAUCAGUCUACCGUGUCACGAAAUUCUGAUCAUCGAUACAUAGUUCGGUAUCCCCGAAAGCCCGAUUUCGAUGUGAUGCUCGGAGACUCCCGAGACAACGCUCAUCGACGGUUCGAGUACCUAGAAAGACGCAUGGAACGGAACCCUCAAUUAAAAGAAGAAUUCCACCAGUUCAUCAAGGAGUACCUCUCCCUCGGCCACAUGCGGUUGGUCGAAGCGGACGACGAAAAUGCUCCCGCUUACUACCUCUCUCACCACCCCGUAAUUAAGGAAGCAAGUACAACGACCAAGGUUCGGGUCGUGUUUGACGCCUCAGCGAAAACUUUUACCGGUUUCUCCCUCAAUAAAGCUCUUUGCGUGGGUCCCGUGGUGCAGGACGAUCUUCUGGACAUCAUUCUGCGGUUUCGUACUUUUCUGAUCGCUCUAGUCGCUGACAUUGUCAAGAUGUAUCGACAGAUACUUGUCCAUCCAGACGACACAUUGUUCCAGCGUAUCCUGUGGCGGUUCUCCAAGUUAUCUCCAGUCCAAGUUUACGAAUUACUGACCGUUACGUAUGGUUUGGGCCCGUCAUCCUACUUAGCGACACGUACUCUCCAGCAACUAGCAGAAGAUGAAGGCGCUGCAUACCCGAACGGUGGCCCAGCGUUGAAGAAGAAUUUUUACGUUGACGACUUCAUCGGUGGUGCCCAAUCUGUCGAAGAAACGAUCCGUCUACGUACAGAGCUCGACGAACUGCUGAAAAAAGGUGGAUUUGAACUGCGGAAAUGGACUUCAAAUCGGCUUGAGGUGCUUCAAGGUCUCAACGACGAACAGUUUGGAACGCAAUCCGCACUCCACUUCAACCCCGAUGAAUCCAUCAUGGUGCUGGGAAUUAUCUGGGAACCUGAAGCUGAUCUUCUCCGUUUUGAUUCCCAGAUUCGAAUCAGUGAUGAGCCUCCAACGAAGCGGUCCAUCCUUUCCGAUACCGCCAAACUUUUCGACCCUCUUGGACUCAUCGCACCGGUAGUCGUUCGAGCGAGGAUCAUCAUCCAGGAACUAUGGCUGCUCUCCUGCGAUUAA